AUGCCAGCACUUACAUCAUCCAAUCGCGUACCAGUAGCGCACCUCGACUUUCCUGACUGGCCGCUCUUCUUGAUCAUCCUCGGCGUCAUCAUCAUACUGCUCUUCCAGAUCCUUUUCGUCUUCGCCCUUCUCCGUUGGUCCAACGUACGCGGCAAAGCGCGGUGGAAGCGCCUUCGACAACGCGGCGUUGUCAUUCUUGACGGACCGGCGCUCAUCUGGGCAAACUCGAUGCCGCCUGGGCCAACAGUCUCAACUUUCAACUUGCGGCAGACGCUUCAGACAUCAGAUGAGCGAGUGGCUCAUUAG